AUGUUGAACAACAAUGACUUUAAUAAGAGUAUACAUCAAAUAGAUGCUUUUCAAAAUAAUAAUAAUAACAACAAUAAUAAUUUUUUUGAUCUGCUAACAAACUUACCUAAUAAUGAUUCAAAUACAUAUUCAACUAAUUUUUUUAGUAAAAAUGUUGUAACAAAUGAAAAUAAUGAUAAUAAUAUUAAUAUGUUUGAUAAUUUAAAUAAUAAUUUACAUUUUAAUAACUUUCAAAAUAAAAAUUGCUUUAAUUUUUUUAGUAAAGGAGAAGUAACUAAUAAUAAUUCAGAAGCUCUUUUCACUGAAGUAAAAAAAAAUAUAUCAAUUUUCGGAAAUAAACUUAAAAAUUCUCCAUUAUUUGCUAAUAACUCAACAAUAGAAAAUAAAAAUGCAAAUAUUAAUUUCAGAUUCGAUGAUUAUGUAAGUAGUGAUAAAUCAAUAUUUGGGAAUCGAUUAAAAGAAAGAAAGCCACUUUUCACAAAUAUUAAAAAUGAAAAUCCCAUUUCAUUAAAUGAUCAAAAUUUAAAUAAUAUAUCUAAGGAAAAUCUAACCCAAUUAAGUAAUCAAAAUAAUAAUCAUAUAAAUUAUAAUUAUGACCAAAAAGACUUUUCUUAUAUAUAUAAUACAUGUAGUAAUAAUGACACAACAAAACAUAUAAGUAAUGAAAUAAAUGAAAAAAAUAAUUUAUUUCACAAUAUGUAUAGUCCCGCUUCUUUAAAUGUUCAAAAUAAUUUAAACGUAAAAAGUGUAAGUCCAUUUUCUAAUAAUUUAAUCACAAACACAUCUACCAAUAUACCAAGAUACAACGAUAUAAAUUCUAAUAAUUUUAAUAAUAUUCCUAAUAAUUUUCAAUAUCCAUAUUUAUAUCAUAAUUCCAAUAACAAAGAUACAACACAUCCUAAUUUCACAUCCUUUAAUGAACAAAAUAUUAUAAAUGCACAAACCAAUUUAUAUAAUGAAAAAAAUAAUUUUUCAUUUAAUGAAGUAAAUAAUUUAUCAAAUUAUUCAAAUUUAUUGCAAAACAAUAAUAUAUUACAACCGAAUAUUGGUAAUUUUAAUGUAAAUAGUUCAAAUAUUAAUAUUCCUAAUCAAAAUAAUAUCAAUAUCACAGAAAAAAUUUUGAAGGAACAAAACGAUACAAAUCUAAUCGCUUCUAAUAAAUUUCUAGAUAAUGUUGAACUAAAUAUAAAUAAAAAUGAAUUAUUUUACAAUGGAAAUAAAAUUCCUCAAAAAGAUAAUUAUGAAUUGGGAUAUAAUAAUCAAAUUAAUCCAAAUAAUAACACAAAUAAUUCAUUUGAAUACAAUGCUAAUUCUAAUUUUAUAGUAGAAACAAGUAAUAUAAAUUCAUUGAAAGAAAUAGAAAGAAAGAAUCAAGAUGGUAAAUUAAAUCAAACUUCUUUUACAAAUGAAAAUGAAAUAUUGUUUGAAAAAAAAUAUAUAGAGAAUACUCAAAAAAAAGUACUUUUUUUUAAUGAAAACUUUAUAAAAUCAUUAGAAUUAAUAAACAUUUAUAAUUUAAAUAGCUAUAAUGAAAACAGAUCUACCAUUUAUACCUUUCCAUGCUAUGAAUCUUUUAACAAUGGCAUAUUUUAUAUAAAAGCAAUUGAAGAAUGUAAAAAUGCAGAAAGAUUUGAUAUAAACGAUGACUUAUAUAAUAAAAUUUUUUCAAAAAAUGAUGAAAAUGAGAUGACAGUUUUAAAAAAUAUUAAUAUUAAUGAAAAAAUAGACAAUGAAAAUAUUAAUUUGAGUAUAUAUUAUCCUUUAUUACAUGUAGAAAAAAUAAAAUUUAGGCAACCAUUAAGUUUAGACAAUUCAAAUAAACCGGUAUAUAAUAAUUUUGAAUUAGGAAAAAUACCAUCAGUAAUUUAG